GCUUGGGUGUCCAUCGCUGGCUUCCGAAGUUUUGAAUGCACUGAGGUGUCUUUUUCCCUUAUCAUGAGGGCCAAAAUGUGAAAGGAAAUAAGAUUUCUGGUUCGGAGCGACUCUGACACUUUUCGGGCUCUGGUUGAUGUAGAUCUACACGCGAAAGUUGAGGGACUGUGAACUUGCGUCUGGAAUAUUUUCAUUUAAGAUGUGACGCUUGCUGCAGAAAAAAGCGUUCCAGAAAAUCUUUGGAAAGCAAUUCGUAAAGAGCCAAUAGUCAGAGAUCAUGUUUUUUCAGAAACUAUAUCACAAGACUCGAAUAUCAUUAAGAAGAGGAUAAUUUUUGCAGACUUGGUAUCAGUGAAAGGUUUCACUUGGAUUCUCAAAGAAACGGGCGUUUUCAUAAAAUUUCCUCCAAAAGCAGUACCAGAUCCAAGGCUGGUCACAUGUUUGUUGUGGAAGCCUGGGUUUGUUUCUCCUCCUCUUGAAGUUAACGAAUCGUUGGUGAGCAAUGUAAUAGAACUCGACUGUGAUGAUCCAGACGGUGUAGUUUACAGUUCCAUUGAGGUAGCCUUAACUCAUAGUGCAAAGUGCUUGAGAGGUUACGAACUUGUUAUGAAGGAGAUGAUCGGUACAGGAGGAUGGAGGGAUCUAGAAACCUCAGAGGUGCAACCAUCAGAUCUUCAAGGCGAAAGCUUGCAUUGGCACAGUGAAUUACCUUUUGUUGGUGCUAAAAUUACCAGUUUUUCUCGCUAUGCCGUUAUUUGUCGUCUAAAGUCUUACAAAGUUCAAAAGGUGGAUACUGAGGAGUGUUUAGAGUUAACAAUCAGUGUGCCAGAUUUCUCGGGUGUUAGUUUAUCAAUUCCUGGAAAAUCUUUUCCUGCAAGCAUGGACUUCGUCACUAAGGUAAAGUCACUCAACAUAAUUUAAAGACUCUCCUCUUGACAUCUUUUUGUAUUUUA